GUUACAGAAGAUCAGGCUCAUCAUCACCUUGCCAUUUACCUCUUGAAGCCCGUCUUAAAAUAGCAAGGGGAGUAGCCCGGGGACUGGCCUACAUUCACGAAAAGAAACAAGUGCAUGGCAACAUCAAACCAAGCAACAUCCUGUUAAACUCCAACAUGGAGCCUUUAAUAAGUGACCUGGGACUAGACCGCCUUGUUUCAGGCAAUGCCAGCUACAAAGCAAACAAUUUAUCGGCCAGGUUUUUAAGCAGCCAACGGUCCACAGCUUCUCGCGAUGGCCCACCCGACCCCCCAACCAGUCCAAGCCCCCAUGCACCUGCCACCGCCAGCUCCUCCACGGGAACACCAAUGCCAUAUCAAGCACCAGAGUCAUUAAAGAACCUCAAACCAAACCCCAAAUGGGAUGUCUACUCAUUCGGCAUAAUUUUGCUUGAGCUUCUCAGCGGGAGAGUGUUCUCAACCCGGGAGUUGGGUCCGUGGGCGGUGCCAGGCGGUUCAGUAGAGGAAGAGAAGAACCGGGCUGUUCGGUUGGCUGACGUGGCGAUCAGGGGUGACGUGGAAAGCAGGGAAGAAGCCAUGCUGGCUUGUUUUAGAUUAGGGUUUAGUUGUUCAUCAUUUGUGCCACAAAGGAGACCGUCCAUGAAAGAAGCAGUCCAAAUCCUUGAGAAGCUCCCUUCAGCUUCUUCUUCCACAUGCUAAUGAUGCAUUUGGGUCCUACGAAGAAAAUGUUCCUUGUUCUUGUUGGGGUAGCGCUAAAGUGAUUUUCUUUUUCCUUUUCAUCAAAAUCCUUUGUUGACUUGAAUGCUUUGCCUAAAGAGCCCGAGAGAUUGUUGAUAGCCGAAUGUAAGAAAAAAGUGUUUAGUUUGUUUGACCCAUUAAUCAGAUGUCCAGCACUCACUGUUUAUUUAUUACUACUAUAUAAUUUAUAAUCUGAUAUUAAAUGGAUUUGGUUAUC